AUGUCAACAAAUACAUUUGUUAAUACAGAAAACUCAGCUAACGUGAAAGAUCGUAUCAUAGAACGCGACGCAGGCUUCGUGUCUGGCGGUGAAGAUGACGACUCAUGUUCGGGACCCGCGCAUUCCGAUGACUCCGGAGUCAGACUUAUCGAGUCCGACUCGCGAGUCAAACGAGCGAGAACACCGACGCGACUCGGCCCACCAAAAAAACGUAUCCGCCCAAGUUCUAGGGAAGAGCUAGAAAGUCCAGAAAGUGAACCGUCUACUAGUCCCUUCAGACCGUGGUCUUUCGCAGAAGAACCGCAACAAGAACCUCUAUCCUUAGUCAAGAAAAGUGAAACUAGUCUAUUACGGCAAAGGCGAAGGCCGUUAGAACCACCACCACCUAUCACACCAAUACCGGAAGUAAGUCCUGGACCUCCACGCGUACCUCCUCAUCCGGGAGUAGUGGAGUCAUUCUCAGAAAAAUCAAAACCUAGAGAGCAAAGAAACUACAAAAACAUGACAAGGGAAAGGCGGAUAGAAGCGAACGCAAGAGAACGGACAAGAGUUCACACAAUAAGUGCCGCUUUCGACACUCUUCGGAAAUCUAUCCCGUCAUAUAGUCAUAACCAGAAGUUGUCAAAACUAUCCGUUUUGCGGAUAGCGUGCGCGUAUAUCGCUGCUUUAUCGGCGGCGAUAGAACCAGACGUGGACAUAACAGACGCUGUGGAGAAAGUCACGCAAACUAUACACACUGAAGGCAAAUUAAGAAAAAAGAAAGAUGAUCCC